AUGGAACUUGCUACUAGCGAUUAUCCUACAGCAGCUGACUCAGAUGUCCGUCCGUCCAUCAACUCGGUAGGAAUGGUGAUUGGGCCGGUGUAUUUGAUGGUAAAUGGGAGCGAGUCGAACUAUCAAGGAUCUGACGAUAAAAUGAUAGAUCAACACAAGCAAAACAUGGACUCAAGGCUGGUGCGACAGUCGAAGGAUGAAUGUAUCUUGAAACCUGUGUGA